GUAGUCGCGUUGUUCGUUUUUUUCUUUAAUAAAUGAUUCUUAUUUGUAUUGUAUAUGUCGAAUCGAACGAACGUAUAAUAUAGACGCAUGUAAAUUGUUUGUGGGCCAGUCCAAACACUUGUUGAUUGAUUGUAAUUUCAAACGAAGAAUAUCGAAAGUGUGACAAACGUAACGAGUUACAUUUUCGUUAGUACCAAGAUGAACGACUUGUAAAUUUUCUUACAUAAAGUGCAAUAUUAAAAUUAAGAAAAAAGAAGUGAAAACAAAAAGUGAUAAAUUAAAUGCUUAAAUAAUUGAACUUGAUCUUGAGUAUAAAAAAAGAAUAAAAAGAAAGAAAAAUUUACUUAUUCGUAUUUUAACCUACAUACAUACAUAUGUCGAGAGCCAGUCUAAUGUACAUAUGCAGUUGUAAUACAUACUUUAUUAAUUUCAGAAAUCAGAAAAGAUUUUCAUAUAUGAGUGUGUGUGUAAAGAAAAUUGUAAUAAAUAAAUAAAAAACUUUAUAUAAAAUAUAUUAAAAAACCAGCAGCAGCACUUUACUAUAAUGUUUAGUGCAUCAAAUUACUGCGGUUCUUGAAGAUGGUCAGCAAUAAACUUAAAGUAAAUAGAGUGUUUAAUUAUUGCGUAUUUGUAUUCUUAUUCUUAUUAAAUGGAGUUGGAAAUCGUUUUACAAAUGGAUUUUUCAUUGAUUAUGCAGAAAAUUCGGAGCUAAUACAACAGCAAAUUGGAUACAAUAUAACAUUGCCAUGCAGUUUAAAGGGUUUAGUAGAUGAAUCGAAAACUACAGAUAUAACAUACAAUUGGUAUUUCAAACAAUGUGGUGAAAAUUCGGGUGGUAUUCCCAAUUGUUAUGACACAAAUGAUAAUGAAGACUGGACACAGUUACCGUGUGAAAAUAACAUUUGUAAAGCACAUUUGUACUUGAAAAAUGUAACAGAAAAAUAUUCUGGUCUAUAUAAAUGUACUGUUAUGCCUAAAAUGGGUAAUAUAUUAGAUGUUAAAUUAGUGAGAACAUUUCAAUUGGAUAUAAAAAAUACCUCUAUGAAAAUUCCGGAAUUUUUAGAUGCAUAUCCUUUAAAUAAAACCAUUAAUCAGGGAACUCAAGCGGUUUUUCAAUGUCGUGUAUUUAGUGAAGAGUAUCCUACAAUUAAAUGGUUUCGCCGACUCGCCAAUUAUAAUUACAACGAUUAUGAGAAUAUACAUUCAAUAGUACAUUACAAUGGUCAGGCCUAUGAAUUGUUGACAUCGGCCCGUGAAAAACCCACCGCCCGAGAUGUAUAUUUAAGUAAACUUAUAAUAAAUGAAGUACAUCUACGUGAUGAGGGCUAUUAUGCUUGUGUGGCAAUAAGUUUUCGUGGUCACAAUAUACGCGAAGCUUAUUUAAAAGUUAAUGUACAUGAUGAUAAUGAUAACGAUGAUUCGGCGGAAUACUGGUCGGAUUAUAGUGAGGAAGACGAGUUUUUAUCUACAGAUCCAAAACGUUUUGGUUUACUUUUUUUAAUGCCAGUAGGUUUAGCAUUAUUACCAUUAUCUGUAUAUCUGUGUUAUAUCAUUCAUAAGCGUUAUAGAAAUCCCAAUAUAAUGGAUCAAUCAAAAUAUGCUGAAGAAUAUGAUGAACAGUGUAUGUUGAGAACGUAGAAAAAGUAUAAUUAACCUCAUAUUUUUAGCUCAGAACAAAUGUUAUUUGUUAAUUAAAAAUUGUAAAAUCUAAAUAUUUGAUCACUUGAUGAUUUUCUAGAAAACCAAAGAUUGUGUUUUAAAUGUAAUUUAGUAUUAAACAAAAAAAGGAAUUAGUGUUAAUUAGAGUUUACGCUUAUUAGUCGGUAAUAUCACACGUUUAUGAUAAGUAAUAAAAUUGUAAAUUAUAAUGUAUAUUUUUCAUACCCAACAUCUAUAUUCUAUAUAAAUAUAUAAAAAUCAA